GGCCGCCGGGCUCUGAGCGGCCGUUCCCGCGGCGGCCGGCGGGGCGGGGCGGCCCCGCGACAUGCAGCCAUGGACUGCAGGACCAAGGAAAAUCCAGAAAGAACCUUUGACUUGGUAUUGAAAGUGAAAUGUCAUGCCUCUGAAGAUGAAGAUCCGGAGGUAUUGUGGAAGUUCCCAGAGGACUUUGCAGACCAGGAAGUACUACAGACUGUGCCAAAGUUCUGUUUCCCCUUUGACGUUGAAAGAGUGUCUCAGAAUCAAGUCGGACAGCACUUUGCCUUUGUACUGACAGACAUUGAAAGUAAACAGAGAUUUGGAUUCUGCCGACUCACAUCAGGAGGCAAAAUCUGCUUAUGCAUCCUUAGUUACCUGCCAUGGUUUGAAGUAUAUUACAAGCUUCUAAAUACUCUGGCAGAUUACUUGGCUAAGGAACUGGAAGAUGAUUUGAAUGAAACUCUCAAAUCACUAUAUAACCAGCCAGUACCAAAGGCAAACACUCCUGUCAAUUUGAGUGUGAACCAAGAGAUAUUUAUUGCCAGUGAGCAAGUUCUGAAAGAUCAGCCCUCCCUAGCACGGCAUUCCUACUUCAUUGCCCCUGAUGUAACUGGACUCCCAACAAUACCGGAGAGUAGGAACCUCACAGAGUACUUUGUGGCCGUGGACGCCAGCAACAUGCUGCAGCUCUACGCCAGCAUGCUGCACGAGAGGCGCGUCAUCAUCACCUCCGGCAAACUCAGCACCUUAACCGCCUGUCUCCACGGAUCGGUCGCCCUGCUCUACCCGAUGUACUGGCAGCACAUCUACAUCCCGGUGCUCCCUCCUCAUCUGCUGGACUACUGCUGUGCCCCAAUGCCAUACCUGAUCGGAAUACACUCCAGCCUCAUAGAGAGAGUGAAAAAUAAAUCAUUGGAGGAUGUGGUUAUGUUAAAUGUUGACACAAACACUUUAGAAUCACCAUUUAAUGACUUGAGCAGCCUACCGAGUGACGUGGUCUCAGCCCUGAAAAAUAAACUGAAGAAGCAGUCUACAGCUACGGGGGACGGAGUGGCUAGGGCCUUCCUGAGGGCGCAGGCUGCUUUGUUUGGAUCCUACAGAGAUGCCCUGAGAUACAAACCUGGUGAGCCCAUCACGUUCUGUGAGGAGAGUUUCGUAAAGCACCGCUCAAGUCUGAUGAAACAGUUCUUAGAAACCGCAGUUAACCUCCAGCUUUUUAAGCAGUUUAUCGAUGGUCGACUGGCAAAACUAAAUGCAGGAAAGGGUUUCUCUGAUGUAUUUGAAGAAGAGAUCACUUCAGGUGGCUUUUGUGGAGGGAACUCGAGGUCGUAUCAGCAAUGGGUGCAUACAGUCAAGAAAGGAGGCGCACUACUCAACACAGCAAUGACCAAAGCAACCCCUGCUGUGCGAACAGCAUAUAAAUUUGCGAAGAAUCAUGCAAAGCAGGGAAUAAAGGAAGUGAAGAGUAAGCUGAGACACAAGGAAAAUGAGGAUGAUUAUGGGACUUGUUCUGGUUCUGUACAAUAUACGCCCGUCUACACGUUACACAGUGAAAAGAGAAGAAACCUAGCAAGGCGUAAGCUUGCCCAGCCACGCCUAAGAAGGCCUCUUCAGAGCCUGGAUGGUGCUCUGUGCGCUGACGAUGACGAGGACGCAGAAAGAGCCAGCAAGUUGUCCUCUGAAGACGGAGAAGAAGUGUCUGCUUAUUUCUACGAAAGUGACGACUCUCUUGAAACCAGAGCAAAGGCCCCUUCCUCGGGUGAGAUGGACUUGCUGGGCGAGAUCCUGGACACGCUGAGCACGCACAGCACGGACCAGGGGAAGCUGGCGGCGGCCAGGAGCCUGGACUUCUUUAGGUCGAUGGACGACAUUGAUUACAAGCCCACGAAUAAAUCCAACACGCCCAGCGAGGACAACCUGGCCCUGCUUUGCGGUGGUUCCGGCGAGCAGGCCGAGUGGCACCGGGGGCAGGACGACAGUGCCCUCCACGGCAGGCAGCUCCCGCCCUCGCCCAGGAAGCGGGUGUCCUCCAGCGCUGGGACGGACUCUCUGUCCAUCCUAAAGGAGGAGAACGGUGAGCGACACCUCGGCGUUGGUGCCGCGAGCCGGCCCGCGGAGCUGGCAGCGCCGGCCCCUCCUCCAGGACUGGGUUUGCAGCUGGCUUCGCCCGGAGCCUCCCAGACAGAGAAGAAAGAAACACUAAGCCAGACUCCAGAUGAUCCGCCGGUACCCAGCCUUGGGCGCCGUCCGUCUUUUGUUCCUUGGGAGAAAGAAGGGAAAGGAGCCAAAGAGACUUCAGAAGGUUCUGGACUGCUUCAAGAAGUGGUAUCGUUAUGUCACAUAACAUCUGCCUUCCAACAAGACUUAAACAUUUCAGAAGGAAAAGCAAGUGGAAACCAAGCUUAAAUCAACAAAUUAAGAGUCCGUCGCUUGCAUUCAAGCUUCUACGGAAACAUUUUAGGAGUCCAUGUACCCUAUCAUAAACAAGGAUUGGUAGAAGAGACAACUCUUACUACCGUCUAAACAUUGUUUUUCAUUUGGGACAUUUCUCCCACUCGUCUGUCUCGUGGUAUAUAGAUUUAUCCAUUGGUUUUUAAAUGUAAAGCUAAUUCUUCUACUGUGCUCUUAAAUCAGGUACUAGUUUGUAUGUAUGUUGAAAGUAUGUAUUGAACAUAUGAUUUCCCAGUAUUUGGUGCUUAACGCCACAUGUUUUAUUUAAACUAAGUAUGCAUCUAACCCUUGCACAUAACCAGUAGCUACUGUACUGACCUGGUUGAGCAUGAACUGGCCAAGAUACCAAACCUAUCAGAACUAGCCGGAAACUGUUGACCAGCUAAUUGCCUUAAUCUUAAGCCUAUAUUAAGCAUACUUACAUAAUUUAUGGAAUUACAGGUAAAUUUUGAAAGAUAAGUUGUAAGUGUUCUGCAGAGCAAUAAUGCCUUUAUCUAUUCAUCGAAUCAAGGACAAAAUUCAUUUUUUCUAAGUUAAAAAGCUCUC